CUUGGACGGCAACCCGGGCGAGCCACGCAGAGCAGGAGAGUGGGAGGCCCAGAUUUGCCAUGGAGAAAAUUUCAGUGUCCACUAUCCUGCUCCUUGUGGCCAUCUCGUAUUCUCUGGCCAAAGAUACUACAGUCAAACCUGGAGCCAAAAAGGACCCAAAGGACUCCCGGCCCAAGCUGCCUCAGACCCUGUCCAGAGGUUGGGGCGAUCAGCUCAUCUGGACUCAGACCUACGAAGAAGCCUUGUACAAAUCCAAGACAAGCAACAAACCCUUGAUGAUCAUUCACCACUUGGACGAAUGCCCACACAGUCAAGCCUUAAAGAAAGUGUUUGCCGAAAAUAAAGAAAUUCAGAAAUUGGCAGAGCAGUUCGUUCUUCUCAACCUGGUUUAUGAAACAACUGACAAGCACCUUUCUCCUGAUGGCCAGUAUGUCCCCAGAAUUAUGUUUGUGGACCCAUCGCUGACAGUGAGGGCGGACAUCACUGGGAGAUACUCAAACCGUCUCUACGCUUAUGAACCUUCCGACACUGCUCUGUUACUGGACAACAUGAAGAAAGCUCUCAGGCUGCUAAAGACAGAACUAUAGAGACCAUGACGCCUUGCACCAGGUGACAGAAGGCAGAAGCACUGUGGACUUGCUGAUUUCACUCCAGUUUAAUGUUACAAAAGAUGUAUUUUUUAAACAUCCAUAUGUGGAAAACAAUAUUGUUAUCUACUACAGUGAAGCAUGAUUUUCUAAAAAAUAAAGUCUUGUGAGUACUCCAA